AUGAAAACCGGGCAAACGGCGCGGGUAGGCAACAGAGCAGGCGAGCUCCGGCGGCGGCGGCGGGCAUGGUCAGCGCCGCCCCUCGACUGGAGAGCCACCGGUCCGCGUGAAGGCAGGUCCGGGGAGGUCCGGCAGCCGGCGCAAUGGCGGAAGCUCAUCAAGAUGCUGCUCGACCCCAACCCGGGCACCCGCAUCGCCGUCCCUAGCCUCCUCGAGACGCUGUGGUUCCGGAAGACGGCGCCCGUCCCGCGCCCCAUCAUCGCCGACCCCGCGCCGGCGCCGGUGGACACGCGUGGCAAUGCCGGCGAUGACAAGGACGAACCGCCCGAGGUGCUGAACGCCUUCCACCUGAUCUCCCUGUCCGAGGGCUUCGACCUGUCGCCGCUGUUCGAGCAUGACUCCGCCACGUCGCCGGGGCGGGCCACGGCGCGCGCGGGCGGCACGCGGUUCACGGCGCGGGAGGCGGCAAGCGGCGUGGUCGCGCGGCUGGAGGCGCUCGCGACGGGCGGCGCCACGCCCACGCGCGCGGAGUGCAGCUCGCCGUGGCGGCCGAUGUCUUUAGCGUGGCGUCGUUGUUGCUCGUGCCUCGUGGUGGACGUCAAGAAGGAUGGCAGCGACGCCAUGGAUUACCGGUCGUUAUGCAGUGAGGAGCUCCGGCCGGCGCUCAAGGACAUCGUCUGGUAG